GAUAGACACUCCAUAUCACUUUUAGAUAUGCUAAUUUUUAUGCAACUAUGAACCCCUAAAACAAUAUGCUCUGGUGCGAGCUUGGCGAGCUUAUCGCUGAACUUUACAGGGAGUCUUGCGGUGGCAUAAUCCUUAUAGGGGUUCCGUUUUCUCCAGGGCCUGUUCAUUCUUUCAACUGAGUCAGGAAAGCAAAGGCGACCCUCGGACCCAUCUGCUGAGCAGCAACGUGGAUGGAGCCCAGUCCUGUGCCCCAAGUUAACCAUGACACCGGCCCAAAGGACAAAUUCCCACCCCUAGCAUUGGACCCAGCCCUGCCACCGGCAGCCGGUGGACCCGCUCCAGAUAACCCGGCGCCAUGGCAGGAUUACCAAACCGUCUUCACAAACGCCAAGGCGGGCAUGGAGGGAGUCGACAAGGAAUAUGUGCAAAAAGUCGUUUACGAAAUGAGCAAGGACUCUGCGCACUUCCGCAACGAGCAGCGCAAGCAAGCCCAGCUUGCCGCUCGCAUUGAGCGGCUGCGGGCUCGCUCCGAGGCGCUCACCCCCGCGGAACUGGCUGCAGCCACACGCUCCGUGGACUCCCGCAUCGCGCACCUGGAGUCCCUCCGCGACCUGUCUCGCACCUGGCUGCACGCCGACAUGGACUGCUUCUACGCGGCGGUGCAUGAGGCGGAGCGGCCGGAGCUG